CUUUCAUCUUUUUUUUUUCUUUCUGAAAACUUUCCGUCUUUCCCCAUCUUCAAGCAUCGAAAUCACUCUGAGAAAGCCAGGAAUUCCUCCCAACGAAAAUGGCUGGGUUUGCAAAAGCAUUUGAUGCUGUAACAGAUGCCGCUUCCACAGCCUGGGGCUUCGCCAUGCACUUCUCGAACUCAUCGCCCGAUCAACCCAAGGUCGACGUCUCCGGCGAUCGAAGUCUCCAAACCCUAGAUCUUCAUCCCUCUCGCCGGAAUCCAUUAGAGGACAGCCUCAACGGAAUGUUUGCAGGCAUGGUCAAGAGCGGGGAGACGAUUCUGGAAAAUUGGAUGAAACGCGAUGGAGAGGACGUUGAGGUGUUCGAACAAUUCUGCCUUUUGGCUUCCGAACUCGUUUCCAAUACUGCUUUUGGAAAGAAUUGUAUGGAAGCAAACAACAAAUCUCCUCACAUGGGUUGGGUUGUGAAGAAGAAUGAUGCAUUUGAGUCCAAGAAACAUGAGCAGUCAAAGACGUUGGAAGAACUUUUUAGGAAAGGUUUCCCCGGGAAACCUUUUGCCACGAAUCAAGAAAGUGAAAAGAACAAUAAGUAUUCAAAUGAAGAAAUUGCACAUGAGUGCAUGGCAUUCUGCUUUGUGGGAUGCACUGCAACAGCAUCUAUCCUAGGAUGGAUGGUCCAUAUGCUAUCUAGAGACAAGAACUUGCAGGAAAGAGCAAGGAAAGAAGUAAUUGAAAUAUUUGGCUGUGAAUAUAUCAAUCCUGAAGGCAUUGAAAAGCUAACAGUUAUAGAUAAGAUUCUAGAAGACUGUGCAAGGCUAUAUCCACUAGUGCCCUUCAAACUGAAGGUCAGCAAUGGAAACGCAGAAGAACAGCCUGACGGGGACAAAAGGAACCCGACAGUCUUUCACUUUGGACAUGGCCGUGGAGCAUGGCUGGGGUGGAAUUUUGCAAAGCUUGAAGCCAAAGUGGUUCUUUCCAUGAUCCUGAGACGCUUUGUGUUCACGCUCUCUCCUGCCUACAAUCACUCCCCAGUCCGAGGCUUUACAGUCACUCCAAAGCACGGAAUCAGAGUCAUUCUCCAAGUGCGCAGAGAGGAGAGUAAGACGGUCAAGAUCAUCAAAACAUUGGGCAUUGUUGCUGGUGUGGCUGCUGCUGCCUGGGGUAUAUCGAAGCUGCUCGGACCAGAUGAACCGGUUCCAAAACCGGAAGAAGGAAAGAAGGUGAAGAUGAUGAAGAAUCCCGGAAGGCCUCAUGAACUAAUUGCCAGGAGUCCGUUUGAAGAAACCCCAGCACAGCGCUUCAAGAGGAACCGCGAACUGGCAAAGGCCGAGAAACUUGCAAAGCGUGCCCUAGGAAUCAAAUGAAGGUAUUCUCCCGGGCUUCCCAUGAACUGCUUUAGUAUAUUCUUGUCUAUGACUGCUUUGUAAUGAAUUGUUUUCUCCAUUGCGUGCGAGAGGGAUGAAAUUUGGAGUUUGAGGAAUUAUAUUUUAACAUUAUUAAAUUGCUUUAUGAUUCCUAAAUCCCAUUUCCCAUCGCGAAUAGUUAUGAUUUGACUGUCGGGAGUUGUCAUUUUAUUAGUCACGUUUGUACAAUGAAUGAAAUGAAGUCAAGCAACAUUA